GUCAAUACCAUGAUGAUGACCUUGGCGACAUUUUAGUUUUGUUGUCACUGUUCGCUAUCAGUUUUAUAGUAAAAUAUAAAUAAAUUCUAUGCGCCUGACGAUUUGUCUGUCAGCUUUUCCCUUGUCUCCAUAUCGAGAAUUUUUUCUCAUAGUGCUCUUCACAAUCUCUCUAACGUCUAAAGUACCUUCAACCUUCGUGACCGCUUCAAAAGUUUCUGUGAUUUUGCAAAGCUCUCGUUCUUUAACGUUAUAGAGUAGCCUACUUACUGGAUUGUAUUUUAUUUUUAUCUUUUCAACGUAGUAUUCAUAUUAUAAUAUUAGUUAUCUCUUAGCUAAAAAAUAACAGAGUAACAACUUAAACUACCUUUCAAUCAUCGGUCUGGCUAUGCUUUAAUACUUCAACUUAUACCUACAGUGAAUCGAGAUAGACAUCAAGCUAGGUCUCUCAGUAGUAGGCUUGUAGAAACGUCUAAAUAUCCCUUAAUUUUCAAAUAAAUUUUGAUAUUACUUCUAGCUUCAGUAGCUAGUCAAUAGCACACACAUCAUCUUCCUACUGACGUUAGGUGAUAUGAAUCAAAGUGGGUAGCACUGAGUCAGUUGUGGCAGCUCUGUUCAUUUUUCGAAACAUGAUGUGUUCCAUAUUAUUAAAUUCAUGUUUCGAGUUCUUCUUUUGAAGCAUAUCUUGCGUGUUUAGAGUUUUAUUGAGAUUACUAUUAUUUCUUGUCCUUCGCCAAUACUCAUACAGGCUUCACAGUCUCUUGACCUUUCUAAACUGAAUCUCAUUGCGAUUCUUGAAGGUUUGACAACUUAGACUCAUGUAUUUAUGCUACGUUCUACAAUGACAGUCCACUGUUUUUACAAAUUGUAUCUUCCAUUUCACUUUUCCAUUUCUUAACAAACGACUUUUUAGUUGCACCGUUAAAUGACUCGAUCCAAUUAUUAUGACGAAAUUUCAUAUUUAAUAACACGUAUCCAUGAAUGCAUUUAUUAGCAGGGAAAGGCGCAUGGAACUGAUGAAAGAAUAUGCUCUAAUCCAACAUACUGACUCUUCUGGGAAGAAUUCACUUUCAAGUCAAAUGAUUCAAUAUAACAUAAAUUUGAGAAGAAUAGAUGAAAACAUAAGAAAAGUGGAAAGAAAACAAGAAGUAUUGAAAUGUCAGUUCGAAAAAAUUAAACAAAAUGCUAAAGAAGAAUCUAUGUGGGAUGUGAAUAAAUUAUUGAAUCAUUCGUUUAAUAAUCAAGAACUUCAACAGGUAAUUAAAAGAACGAAACAAAUUUUAGAUGCACAAGAAAUAACGUUGAAAUCUAUAUCAUUUAAUAACAACGAUGACGAUGAUGAUGAUUAUGACAGUGUGGAUAACAAUAUAAAACAUGAAGAAUUAUACAAAUUACCGUUUAUUAACCAAACCAGGAUCGAAGCACCACAAAAAGAUGCUGAUUAUAACAAAACGAAGAAUAAGGAAGAAAGUGACAGAGAGCUAAGGGAAGAUGAAGAAGAGAAAGAAUUGGGACAAACAAGACAAAUCGGUGAAACAACACAUGAUAAUGAAUCAUCGAAUCAUGUUCUCCAUAAAAUUAGAUCACCAAUAUUUUCGGAAGAUCUAAAUUAUUCAUCUGAUGAUUUUUAUCAACAAUCUAGAUUGUUUGAUUCAAAUAUUUUAUUGAACAAUCAUAGCAAUGAUGUGAAAUCUAACAAAAAUAAUAAUUCGCAACAUAUGGUCAUAGAAGAAGGAGAAAAAGAAGGGGAAGGUGAUGAUACCCAAGAAACAGACGAUGAAGAAAAGGUAGAAUUAAAAUGUGAAAAUGUUUAUCCAACAGAUCCAAAUGAAAAGGGAAUAAUUCAAAAAGGUCAAUCUUAUGAAGAAUUUUUAGCAAAAGCAACAUUCAGCGUUGAAGAUUCAACUUAUGAUCCAGUUAAUGAGUCCAAUGAACAUGAAUCUGAAUAUGAUUCAAAAAUAUUAAGAAAUAAUAUGAAUAUAAAUGAAGAUAUGAGGGCAUCAAAUAAGUUAUUUGAUUCAACAAAUGCUAAUCUACUUUCAUCAUGGACAACUUAUAAAACGGAAGACUUAGAGGAUGACAGUUUCUAUGAUUGACAAAUAAAAAUGUCUAUGUAACACAUUUCUUCUUUGUUGGGAUAAAUGAUGAUAACAUUAGUGAGAUAACGCUCAUAUUCCUCAGUACACAGAGACACUAAAUUGCUUGGGAUGGGUAAUGAAUGAUUUGUCUGUGUAUACAAUUCACUCGCUCCAUACUACAUACCUAGUCAGCACUAUUCUUCUACAUGGCCUCAAGACAACUCAACUUAAAAACACGCGAUUCACCUGACUAGUACGUGUAUUGUUCAGCAGUUACCAACCGGUAAUUCAGUAAGUACACGGGUAAGGAAAUAUACAAGAUUAACUUAUCAGAGCAUCCACCAAUCUGUCUACGCCAACAACUAAUCACUAUUUUCUUUCGAUCAGACAACAAUCAGUGUGCGUGAAAUUUUGUCUCGUGUCACAAUGUUUAGUGAAGAAUAAAUUAUAUUGUUAAUGAACAGAGCAAUACAAUUCCAUAUCCUAAAAAAAUUUGAUUUCCGGAGUUAAUCCAUUACUUAUGUGUAUAGAUCUGCCUAUUUAUUUUAGAUUAAGAAGAGUUUUAAUCGACCAUCUAGCUUUAUCGUUAACAAAUAACAUGAUAUUAAAGAUUCGUUGUACAAUAAUGAAUAUCUGAUUUAUGAACAUGAGAACAUUUC